CACAAAUUGGACACCCCUGGGAUCUAUCGAUAACAACCCCGUUUUACCAAGUGCAAAAAGUAAAAAUAUAAUUUUAAUCAAAACAAAAGCGAAUUUUUCGGAAUUUUGGAGCAUGGCCCACGACCGCGAGGUGUUGCGAAUGAUCUGGGAGGGCCAGAUAGGCAUCUGCUUCACGGCGGAUCGGGACGAGAUAGUGGGUAUAAAGCCGGAGCCCUUCUAUCUCAUGAUAUCGCGACUGAGUUACUUGCCCUUGGUCACCGAUAAGGUUCGCAAGUACUUCUCCCGGUAUAUAAGCGCCGAACACCAGGAUGGAGCCGUUUGGUUCGAUUUCAAUGGCACGCCCCUGCGCCUUCACUAUCCAAUUGGUGUCCUGUACGAUCUGCUGCAUCCCGAGGAAGACAGCACGCCCUGGUGCCUCACCAUCCACUUCUCCAAGUUCCCCGAGGGCACGCUCGUCAAGCUGAAUUCCAAGGAGCUUCUGGAGUCGCACUACAUGUCCUGCCUGAAGGAGGCGGAUGUGCUGAAGCACCGCGGCCUCGUGAUUUCCGCGAUGCAGAAGAAGGAUCACAAUCAAUUGUGGCUGGGCCUCGUCAACGACAAGUUCGAUCAGUUCUGGGCGGUAAAUCGCAGGCUAAUGGAGCCGUAUGCCGAACAGGAGUCCUUCAAGCACAUUCCCCUGCGAAUCUACACGGACGAUGACUUUACGUACACCCAGAAACUGAUUUCGCCGAUCAGCGAGGGCGGACAAAAGAAGAGUCUGGCCGACCUGAUGGCCGAAUUAUCGACACCUGUGCGCAAAGCGGUUGGAUGUCGCACCCACGGCAUCGAUCUUCACGAGGAAACCCAGCUACAAUGGAUGUCCGAGCACCUGAGCUAUCCCGACAACUUUCUGCAUUUAUCGGUGGACUACAAGGAUGUUUAGCCCCCUGACUAUAUGUCUAUAUCCUAUAUAUUUGCCCAUAUUUUCCAUGUUUUGCCCAGUCCGCGUGUGCGUGUAUGUGUGCGUUUGUGUUUGUUUCCAUGUGUGUGUUUGUGAAAGCUGUAUGUGUGUGUGCUGUUCUAUUUUUCGAUUCCAGCAAAUCCCAGGGCGAUCCUCAGCGAUCGAUUUACAGUCAUACAUACAUAUAUACGCCUGAAUGUAUAUAUAUAGAAAUAUACGUCUCUAGUUAAGCUAAUCUGUAUGUAAUAUUUAUAUGAUAUAUGCCAGCAUUUAAAAGAAGCGAGCAGCGCAAACCAAACGAUUACUGGAACUACCCACUAACUAAU